AUGGCAACAGAAUUAGUGGGACAGUCAAGUGAGCAACCACAAAUAGUGAUUAAGUAUGUUGAGCCGGCGGAACAGUCCGGAAGAUCGACAGCCAAGGUCACCGACAGUUGGGCCCCGCUCCAUUUUGAACAAGACCCAAGCUCCCAAUUCCAGAUGAUCGCGGGAAGACAGCCUGCCUCGGAUCCGAUGGUCCUGGAGGUAGGGCUGCUUAGCGGUCACCGUGGCGCAACGGUCAAGACUGGACGAUCGCCACCUGUGGUCGCAGACUACUGGAUGCCACCUAGUUUUGAUCAAGACCCAAUCUCUCUUGGCGAGGCGAUCGCUGGAGGGCAGCUGCCCUCGGAUCAUAUGGUCCUGGAGGCAGGGCUGCUCAGCGGCCUCGAUCAUGCGGGAGCAACUGUCAUCCAGGAUGAGAUGGAGGUAUGCUCCUUCCUCUUUACUACCGAGGAGCUGGUGCUUCAAUUGUUGUCUAUGACAAAACCAGUCCAAAAUCAUUUAACGAAGCACAAUACUGGGUUAAGCUCUACGCUUCCUCUGAUUCCGAAUCUUAUAGUGAAGAUGUCACUGAGCGUGUUGCCGCUGGUGAUGAAACUUGAUGAUGACAACCUUUCAGUGAAGACUACCUCAAGUUGCUCAGCAGCAGAACAGCCUCCACUUUCAGUAAAAGUACAAAACAGGUGCGGGAUCUCCGUCGCAGAUGCGGGCGAGCUUGGCCUCGAUCUUGGAGCGGUAGGCGCGGAUGGAGGCGGCAUGCGCCUCGUUCCCGCGGCCCUCCUCCUACUGGAUGGAGGAGAUGAUCUGCCACGAGACGGCGUCGGGGGAAGGCGCUUGUUCUUUGGUGUCGCAAAGGUGAUAGAGGUGAAAAAACGAAUGGUUACAUGCCAAAAUAUGAUGAUGAGAUAUAUCACGAUCAGAUCUGAAACAAAGAUUGGUGCUAGUGUGGAGCGGCUCACCUGGAUAGGCUGCAUACCUUUUUCUUCACAGCUGUUCGUCGGAAGCUCGGAGCAGUUCGGAUCGAGCCGUCGAGGCUGCUUCCUCGGCGGCCUUGAGGCUCCGGGCUGGCAGCACCAGCCACGUGCUAGCUGUCUCCGACCUAAUCCCCAACGUGAUGAUGGUGGUGGUGUGGCGGAGGUCGCGCCCGCCGGCAGCCAUGGCCUCCUCAGCCGUGGGGCACGGUUGGUGGAAUCGGCCCCGGCGUGGGAUUUGGGAGCGCUCCCUCGCUUCGGCGACGUCGAUGAGCACUCCCUCGGCCGAACCCGCGGGAGGCGGCCGGCGCAGCAGGAGGCACCCCAACGCCGCGGUCAGGUGAUAGAGAUGGUUGGUGAAGGAUCAGAAGCUGACCAUCAACGACGAAGGAACUGGCGUUCGUUGUUCAGGGGAGGAUAG